CAGUUUCGAGAAUUUCUUCCGUCACGAAUUGAUGGUCGGCCGUGGAACCUUGCGUACAGCAGUUGGAAACACGGCUACAGCCUGAAAACGUUGUAUAGACAGGUGGCACUGCUCAGAACAAAUCCUGACGUGGCUCUCCUCAUUGUCAGAGAUUCUAAAAAACAAAUAUUCGGUGCAUUGAUUUACGACGGCAUCCACAAGAAUGAGUCCUUCUAUGGCGGUGGAGAGUCCUUCAUGUUCAGUUUCUAUCAGAGGUUCAAACACUAUCCAUGGUCCAGUCUGAAUGAUUACAUUGCCCGAGGAACAUCCGAAUACUUCAUCGUCGGAUCGUCAGGCGGAUCGUACGGGUUGUCGAUCGAUGACAGCUUAGAGACUGGCAAAACGAACAAGUGCGAAACAUUCCAAAACAACCUUCUGACGUCAUCUGAGGAGUUCAAGAUUGACGCAGUCGAAGUUUGGCACUUUCCAUUCCAACUGAAAUAA